CUCUCUGGAAUAUUAGGUGAAAAAGGUUUAGCCAAGUCUUUAACAGGAUUCAAAACCGAUGUUCUUGGACGGAUGGAUGAUUCAGAAGCCAGCAAUGAAGCCACCGCUGGUGGUAAACAGUUUAAACAGGUUCCUGUCGCUGAAAUCCACAUAAUUUCAAUAUGUGGCGAAGUAGGAGCAGAAUGGAGACACCUGGGUACAGUCUUAGGGCUUCAAUCAUCGUUGCUUGAUUUUAAUGAGAAUGUCAACUGCACAUAUUAUAACAAGACAUGGGAAAUGCUUCAAGAGUGGAGACGAGAGACUGGAAAAGGAGCAACAGUGGGAAUCCUCAUAAAUGCUCUUGAAACGAUAGGAAAGAGAGACGUCGCCGAAAAACUGCGUGAGGAACUUUGCGAAGAGCUUGACUUAAGCAGGUACAAAGGAGUAGGUGAUCGCUGGGGAUUGUUAGAAAAGGAAAUAAAGAAAGCAGCACCAAUAGCGACAGUUAUUUCUUGUGGAAAAGAGCAUCCUGAUAAGCCUUCUCACUAUGCAAAAAAAGAAUUUCAUGGUGACAUGACACGAUCUGAGGCUGAAGAUCUUUUGUCUGAGGCUGUUGAUGGCGCCUAUUUUGUUCGGAGAAGCGAAAAUUUACCUGGAAAGUGCGUACUUUCGAUAAGACAUAGUAAUUCUAAUAUCAAGCACUUCCCGUUGUCUUACACAAAUGGAAUACAUUGCUCAGACGAUUUGGCGUUUAAAAACCUAGAGGAUCUUGUCAAUAACAUCCUAAAAAGUGAUCACCUCAACGAUUACGUAGACGACUUUACCGCCAUACAUCUGAAGAGGACAAGCUUUGAAAGAAAUCAGACUUCCUCUGACAGUCAUACUCAUAAUGAAGAUAUUAUGAUCAGUAGUGACCAAUACAGCAUGGAACAAGGAAACAGAAGCGAUCAAAAUCAUGGAAAAGUUCCCCCGGAGAUUCUUGCUCGUGGAUCCCUGACCCUCCUCGCUUACCAUAGAGCCCUUCAAGAGGGAAAGACAACUGUGAAGAGAGUGCCUAUGAUGUUUAUUGGCCAAGGCCAAGCAGGAAAAACCAGUUUAAAGAAGUCACUUAAAGGAGAGCAGUUCGAUCCAAACGAAAGAAGUACCACAGGGAUAGAGACAGAUCCCUCUUACUGUAAGAUAUCAACAGAGGUUUGGGAAGUAGGUGAGCGAUCUGAAGAAGAAGGUUCAAUUCCAUUGCCAUUUUCAUAUGAACACAGUACCGCUCAGUAUAUUUUGGAUUAUCUCGAACGAGAGAGAGAAGAGCACAAUUCAGGAGACCUGGCUUGGUGUGCAACGGACCCAUUAUUUUCAGAUCAGCUCGUGGAGGAAUCCUGCACCAAGAAAGUCUCACAUGAUAAUCUUCACACAAUGCCCGGGGAAGCAGGAAAGGGAGACGUGCUGGAAAUAUCAGAUACGUCUAGUAAGCCUGACUUCUCUGAGACUUCGUGGAUACAAAGUCAGCGAGUACCGGAAGAGGUAUCAACAUUGAUCGAGAAGUUGCUUAAAAUGGAUGACAGCAGGAAAGAUAACGAUAGAACCUAUUCCGUCCUGUGGGAUUUUGGUGGACAAUCCGUCUAUUACGUCACUCAUUCCGUGUUCCUCACCGUGAGAGCAAUUUACUUUCUGGUUUAUAACCUUAGUUGGGGUCCUGAUGAAGUAGCCAGCCAUCCAGUUAGGCAAGGUGUCUUCAAUAUUCAAGAUGGUUCUUGCGAUAAAACUAACAGGGAUUAUCUCGACGUAUGGAUGUCCUCAGUGUCUUCCUUAGUUUCCCAAGACGAAGUCGCACAGAAGGCAGCUACAUCUGAGACGUCACAAAGAAGGCCCUUGGUAUUUCUUGUUUGCACGCACGCUGACAAGACUUACAAGAAAAAAGAUCCUGAGGAGAUGGCUCGUGAUUUGUUUACAUCUUUAAAAGCCAAAUGCUACGGUGCGCAUUUGCUAAACUACUUUGUUGUGGAUAAUACGAAGUCUGGUGGUAAAUUGGAAUGUGCAGGUGUUACACAUCUCAGAAAGGAGGUCUCUCAUGUUGUCAAGAAGCUUCCACAAAUGAGGGAGGUUUUACCGAUCAAGUGGCUAAAGUUCGAGAAGGCCUUACAAGGCAUUCUUGAAGAUGAAGUUAGGUGGAUCUCCCGCGAUGAAGCUUGGAGAAUCGCAAACAAGGAAUGUGGAAUUUCGAGUGAAGUUCAGUUUCAGGCAUUACUGACCUUUCUGCAUGACCAGAGAAGUUUGAUCCAUUUCGAUGACACUCCAGAAUUGAAGAAGAUUGUUAUCUUGGAUCCGCAGUGGCUAAUAGAAAUCUUCAAAAAAGUCAUUGCCAUUAAACCUUCGGAGAAAAAAGGAAAGAAAUUCGAGGAACUGUGGAUAAAGCUUGAAACAACAGGAAUUAUGGACGAGAGACUAUUACAGCAUGUGUGGCGCCCAUUGUUUGACACUGAAGAGACAUCUUCCAGCCUCGUGGCGUUGAUGGAGAAGUUCUGUUUGCUGUGUCCCUGGCCCUCUUCGUCUGAAAAAAACGUAUUCAAUGAAUACCUUGUACCUUCCAUGUUGAUGUUUCCACCAGAGGAGGACAUCAAUCAGCUCAUUGCCUCUUCAGGUAUUCCACCUCUUUUUGUAAAGUUUGCAUCGGGCCAAGUUCCCCUCGGCCUGUUCUCUCGCCUUGUGCUGAUAAUAUUUCAGUGGUGCACCAAAGAGUUUGGCAGCCAGCCGCGGCCUAAACUCUGCCAAAACUUUGCAAGAUUCUUUACUCACCCUUCACAGGGCUGUUCUAUAAUCCUUUUAUGCCGUUCCUCUGUCAUAGAGGUUGUCGUUCACAGGACAAAAAAAAGUCCAUUUGAAGAAUCAAAUUGCAAGACAGACCAGGAAGAUGUGGCACAAAAGGUAUGCCGGAAACUAGGUUUAAUUCUUGAAUGCAUGCGUAGAGAGUUCCACUGUUUGAAGAAUAUGGCGUACGAAAUGUUACUAUGUUGUCCAGUUUGUUGUACAAGAGAGUUUGCAAGUCACUGCCACAAUCAUAAUGUGCGUCGUUGCAAGGAUGAAAAGUGUUUGCAUUUCUGGUCAGAGUCUGAGUUACGCGACUGCCAGGAGCCCCUCAUAUGUACGAGGUCUGCUGUUGUUGACGACUAUAGAGUUCCAGUCAAGCUUAUGGGGGUUUGGUUUAGCAAACAGCUAAAUGUAAAGGGACUCGGCUCCAAAGCUAAUUUGUAUCUUGGAGAUGUGAUCGAAGAUGAUGACGAGCAAGCCCUUGCCCUCUCAAAUACGGUGCUGUUGGAGAACUCCGAUGCUAAUCAUGUUGUUGCUCAACUACUAAAGAUUCGCUCAUGGAAACACGAAGCACUUGAAGAGCCAGACUUAAAGACAAAGCGCCAGAUUCGCUGCCUUUGUUUGCAGGCGAAAUCUGUAGAGAGACUUGAUGUUGUUGAAAGGUUUCGAGAGAUUACACCUGCUGGCACAACAGGUCCAUUGUUACCUGAAGCUUGUGACGUGGCUAAUAUUCCCAUCAGACAGAGAGAGAAUCUGACGAUUCAUUUAUGCGGUGGAAAGGAAUGGCAGUUACUGGCAGAGCGACUGGGUUUGAGUCCGGCAGAAAUCCGUUUCCUUGACAAUCGAGUACUAAACCCUUGCGAUGCCGCGUUGGCCCAUGCUCGUAAACAAGGCUUUAUUCGCAGUGUGGGAGAAUUGUACGACAAGCUUGUAGAAUGCGACUUCCCUAUGUGGGCUGAUUUGCUGUAAAGAAGAAAGGGUAAUAGUUGUUGUCCGAAUCAUUGUUUUUCUUUGUCGUGAAACGACCUCUUUGAAUAUUGAACUUGACAGUUAAUUCUAGUUUUGACCCUUUAACCCCUGGAGUGACUAGCAUCUAAUUUCUCCUUAAAAAAUCACCACUGAAUCAUUCAUUAAUGUCAUGAGAAUUAAGGAAAUGAUCGCCAACUGAAGGAACUCUUGAUUGUUAGACAAAUUCUCCUUAUCAGCACCUAAGUAAAGGUACAGAGAAUAAUAUGGAGAAUAUGAAUUCUGAUGUUAGGGUGUAAAGGGUUAAGUGAUAUACAAAUCAGUGUUAAAAACAGGAUAGGCUCAAACCUAAGGAUAGAAGAAAUACCGUGAUACAUUAAGAAAAAAGGAGAGUCCCACUGCGCUCGUAAAGGAAACGGAAGGUUACCCUACACCUAUUUUCAAUACAAUUUUGACAUUAGCCUAUGGACAGACGUUAUUGGAAAGUGCAAUAGUUUCCUGCAGCACCUUUUAAAGGAGUGUGAAACACAAUUAAUUUUCUUUUGGCUCAUGAAAGUUUAAAGUACAGUAAAGUAAAACCUUAUUUUAAAAAAAACCUCGCCACCUUAAACUCAAGUGAACAAUAAACAACGAUGAGCUGUUGAUCAUUGUAACGGUAAAUGAAAUUAAAAUCUAUUUCUUGGAAAAUUGCUUUGAGUUUGAGUUACCCGGAUUACAGUCAGGACUGGAUGAUAUUGUGUUAAGGACAAUUUAUCAUCUAUAUUUCUUUCAUUAAUCAGCAAUUAAGUAAGAUUCGAGAUUGUGACGUUUGAGGUUUAGAUUACCUAUUAGAAAAAUGACCGGUCGAACUGAUUUUGACAUUUUGUAUCGCAUUUAUUGUUCUUUGAACAACCGAAAUUAGGCAGGUAUUUCAAUACACAACAACGACAUUCGGUGAAAUAAUCAGUUUAAGAACUAGUGUUCAAAUGACUUGGUUUCGACAUGGUAGUAUUAUGGAACAGCUUGCCACAAUAUAUCUGACGAGGGUCAUUAAAUUUUACUUCAGCGUCUGUGGAGUAACAAAAAGUGAACGACUUUUGAUAGAAGUUAGCUUUAUAUCUAUUUUGGGUAAUAUUCAAAACUGUAGAGCUGUUAAUACUUUUAUGACAUUAAAAAGAUAUAAAUGGCUG